ACCCUAAUUUCGGUGGAAACUCACUCUCACUCCCCAGAUUGCUUCCAAUGGAAGAGGAGAACGCCAAAACCGUUCUCUACGAAACCCUAUGUCCCCUCUCUCUCUCCACCUCCGGCCAAUCCCCAGCAUCCGAUCAACUCAAGCCCUACUCCGUAUACCGCAAUGAGAUCUCUCUCGCCGUUCUCAAACCCGACUCCCAUGAGACUGCCGCACCCGAUUUCUUCUCUCUCGAGGUGGGCGGCGAGGACUCCGAGCAAAUUGCGGCUGCGCCGGAGCCGGAGCCGAAGACUCCGGCUCGCGAAGCCGCGACGCCGACGCUCGAGAGAGGGUGGUUCCGUGGGAAUUGUAGGUUCAAAAGCCCUAUGCUUCAGCUCCAUAAAGAGAUCGUGGAUUUUUGCAACUUUCUAUCUCCAACUCCAGAAGAGCAAGCUGGUCGUAAUACAGCAGUAGAAUGUGUCUUUGAUGUUAUCAAACAUAUUUGGCCCCACUGCAAGGUAGAAGUUUUUGGAUCAUUCAAGACAGGGCUCUAUCUUCCAACUAGUGAUAUUGAUGUUGUGAUUCUGGGGUCAGGUCUUGAAAACCCACAAAAAGGUUUGGUGGCUCUUUCUAGGGCAUUGUCACGGAGGGGCAUGGCAAGAAACAUACAGGUGAUUGGGAAGGCUCGUGUACCAAUUAUCAAAUUUGUUGAAAAGAGAAGUGGCACUGCAUUUGAUAUAAGUUUUGAUGCGCAAAAUGGACCCAAAGCUGCUGAGUUUAUUCAGGAUGCAGUGUCAAAGUGGCCUCCAUUAAGGCCAUUGUGUUUGAUAUUGAAAGUAUUUUUACAACAAAGGGAACUGAAUGAGGUAUAUUCUGGUGGAAUAGGUUCUUAUGCGCUCCUUACUAUGCUCAUGGCAAUGUUGCAGAGUGUCCUUGACUGCCAAGCAUCUCCAGAACAAAACUUGGGAGUCCUUUUGGUAAACUUUUUUGAUUUCUAUGGACGCAAAUUGAACACUUCAGAUGUUGGUGUAUCUUGUAAAGGGGCAGGCACCUUUUUCUUGAAGAGUAACAAAGGGUUUGCAAAUAAAGGACGGCCAUUUCUUAUCUCAAUUGAGGACCCACAGGCACCUGAGAAUGACAUUGGGAAGAACUCCUUCAACUAUUUCCAGAUUAGAUCAGCUUUUGCAAUGGCUUUCAGAACAUUGACAAAUCCUAAGAUAAUAAUGGACCUGGGCCCCAGCCGAAGCAUUCUCGGUACAAUAAUUAGACCAGACCCUGUGUUGCUGGAGCGCAAAGGAGGGUCUAAUGGAGAGGUGACCUUUAACAGCCUGCUUCCUGGAGCUGGUGAGCCAUUACAUCAGUCUGGAGAUCAGCAGGGGAUUUUGUGCAAUUGGCAAGUAGAUGAAGAAGAGCUGCUGCCCCGGGGAAAUGGUAUGGUUGGAGAAAGUUCACAUUCCUCAGGAAAGAAAAGGAAAGCUUCUUCGAAAGAGAAGUCUGGUAAGAAGGUGAAAAAUAAAAAUAAUCAGGAGGCAGGGAAGGUCAGACAAGAAGAAAAUGGCUCAAAGGGAGAGAAGGGGACGAAGAAGAAACAUGGGAGGUUUAACCGUGAUGCCAAUGGUUUUGGUAGGCAUAAUCGUGCUACCGUUGGAUUUGGUAGGUAUAACCAUGAUGCCAAUGGUUAUGGCCAUUAUGGAGGUGAGUCUUCAUGGACUAGAUAGAAUCUCUCCAUGCUUUAUCCUUGGAAGUUCCUGCAAGAUCCGGUUUCUCAUCCAUGGCAAGUGGGUUUUCUACCUGCAUUUCGAUGCUCUACUCUCUGUAUCAUUCAUUUAUGAUGAGCUGUGAUUGUCAAAAAGUUGACAAUCACAGCUCUGGAAAUUGAGAUGAACAGUCUCCAAGUGUCAUGGCUACAUUUAAUGUAACAUGUGAUGUUAAAUUAUUAUUCUCUUUCAUGCAAUUUUGUUUUCUGUUUUUUUGUUUUUGUUUUUUGUUUUUUUAAUGCGACUGUGUAAUGGAGGAAGAGUUUUAAUCAAAUUAUUAUUCUUAUGAAUUCCCA